UUACCCACCCUGAGGAUGAGGUUGGGGAAAGGGAACGUGUAUGGCUCGUCCUGGCCAAAGAGCAGGGUGGGGAUCUGGUUUCCCAGAUGGAGGGUAGGUGGUGAUAGUGAUGGGUGUCCUGUCCUACCUUGCAGGGCUGGGACAUGGUGUUGGGACUGUUGCAUGGGCAUCAUACUGCUUCCUUGUCAAAUGCCAUUGUAAUUUCUCUUUCCCUCUGCUGGUUUGCCUUUGGGCAGCGGGAUUUCUGUCCCCUGCCCACCACAGUGUCAGCUGCCUGGGGGAAGGAGGUGAUGCCCUGUCCCCUGUAAGCCUGUCCCCGUGCCAUCUCACCCACCGUCUCACCUGGUGGCAGGGCCCAGUGGUGUGUACUGGCUUCAGCUGUGACACCAAGUGGACCAGGAGCCACAGUGCCCGGUGCUGCCCCCCCCCCUCCCCCCCCCCCCCCCCCCCAGGGUCUCUUGCCCUGCUCGGUGCCAGCUCAGCCCCGGCUGUCCCUGAAGAGGGGCUUCCCAGGCACAGAUCGUGCUGCCUCUGCCCAGCCCCGCCAGCUCUUCCCAGGAGACAAAACGCCACUUGUCUGGGCUCCGGUCUCUGAACAGGCUGUGCUUUUGUCUCGCCGACACAAAGGGGCUGUGAGGGGCGGGGGGCUGCCGGCUGCGGGGAAUGGGGCUGAUGGGGCCCAUGGCAGCUGCCCCAGGAUGCAUCGCCUGUCCUGCAGGGGGCACAGGGCUGGGGAGCUGCUGCCCCUUCCACCGGAGGGGCACCCAGAGUGGUGGCAUCAGGGCCACAGAAGGGAGCUGCCUUUGCUGCCCCAGCCCUGCACCUACACAGCAGGUGCCGGUUCUGCAGAGCUGGGCAAAGAGGCACUGGCCCCAGAGCGAACAGCAGGGACCCCCAUCCCUGGGACAGUUGAGGAGACCACCGAUGCCACUACGGAGGAACAGGGCGGCAUCCCCAUUCCCACUUCCAGCCUGCUGCAGGUCACCGAACGGAGACAGCCGCUGAGCAGCGUGUCCUCGCUGGAGGUGCACUUUGACCUGCUGGACCUCACAGAGCUGACCGACAUGUCGGACCAGGAGCUGGCCGAGGUCUUCGCUGAUUCUGAUGAGGAGAACGUGGCCAGCGAGUCGCCUAGCGGGCUGCACCCGCAGGCUAUGCCACGGGCAGGGUACCUGCGCUCCCCCUCCUGGACCCGUGCACGUGAGCAUGGCCGGGAGAAGAAGCACCUCAGCGACUCAGAGCUGCAACCAGGCACCCUGGACACCUUCCUGGCAGUGGAGCAGCCUCAGCAGGAGUAGGAGCUGCCCCGGCUGGUGGGGACAGACACGGGGACACGCAGAGAUGUGUGCUUUGCCUUGUCCCCAGCUCUUUCUGACCACGUUCCCCACUCCCUGCCCCAGGAAAAGCCGUGCAGGACAAAGGACUCGCUAUGGGACAUGUUGUGUGACCGGGUGCUGCGGGGUGGCAGCUUCAGACCGUGGGUACCAAGCAAUGCCAAAGCUGGUGGCUCAGUGGGGAGGGGGAACUGGCCUCCUCAGCCCUGUAGCACAAUGGGGGCUGCACUACCCGGCCCCCACCUCCUUUCCACCACGGUCCCAGCGUGGCAGGACCAGGAGCUGUGCAGUGUCUGCACUGUACGGCCCACCGCCAUGUAGCAGUUGUGUGUACUGGUAAAACCAACCAACCCAUGGCCA